UCGGCCGAGAGGGGCAGAGGGCAGCUCGGAGCGCCUCCAAUGCCCCCUGAUCCCUAAGGAGUUUUUUCUCGCAGUGGAUACAAGGGGAACUUCCAGACGGUGCCUAGCACUGAGCUGUCCGCUGGCUCCUGGGGCGGACGGGCUGGGCUUCAAAAGGCAGAGGAUGGGCGCGGGCAGCCCGCUCCCGGGGAGGCUGGGCAGGUGCCUCGCGCUCACCCAGCGCAGCAGCGGCCGGAGGGAGCCCGCAGCAGGCACCGCGCAGCCCGGGCGCUAGGAGAGCAGGAGCGAGGGCCGGCCACACAGAGGCAGGGUCCCAGCAUGGAGGCGCCAGGCUCUGGCCGGGCUCCCGGGAGAGGGCGCAGGGGCUGAGGGGCUGGUCCGGGAGGCGCACACGCACCGCUGCGGCUUGCUGGGCUGUCAGAGACCAGUGGAAGCUACGUCCAGCCACUCCAGGCCUUGGUGUUUUGCCCAGUGACCUAUGAACCCAUUAGAAAUCUAAAAAUGUCAAGUUCUCAAUGUUAUAAAAAGCGCAUGUCCUGGGGAUGCAGUUGUGUAACGUGGUGGUGAAUAAAGCUCAGCAAUGUGGCUGAAGAUGUCAAGGAAGAGCUUGUGUAUAAACUUCCAAUUGCAAACUCUUUGCUCCUUCCCUGUUGAAAAACAGGCUCUACACUCAGAGGAUUAAUAAUUAAUGGAUAUUACUUGAUCUCAUUCAAUCACAGAGAGAAAUCACAGGUUGGCAGCACUUAAAGGAACCUCAAAGCAUCAGUAGCUCCACUUUGAAGCCAGCAAGCUUUGGAAUAUUACAUUGAGAUCUUUUGAAAAGAAGUUCAGAGCAGGAAAAAUACCUCAUCAGCAAUAUCCCUGGAGUUGAGCCUCUACUAUCAUCACUGUGAAGUGCUAUAAGGGAAUCUCUCUGAUCAGAGCUCCAACCAUUGUGCUGCACAGCAGCAUUCACUAUUUUCACUAUCACUGCCCAGUCUUUCACAGGGUAAAUGGCCUCUGUGUGUGGUGUUUUGUUUUUGUGCAACUUGUGUGUUUGAGAAAUUCACCAUGCGACUGAAGCAGAGUAGCAAAGGGACUUUUUUGACACCAGGCUGAUCAAAACCAUCAACGAAAAACCCUGAGAAACUCUCUGUCCAUGGAGAAAUUUUAAUCUCUGAAACUGAGCACCAAUCUAAUGUCUGUUGGCAAAGAGGCCAGCACUCCUGUUCUGUCCUAUCCCACCAAAGGACUACUUUGAGAUAGGGUGGUGUGCAUCUUGCAAUGCAAACCCCUGCAUGUGAGCUUGAAAGAAUUCUAGUGUUAGAUUUUUAUGCGCAAAUUCUGUUUGCCCUAGCGGGCUUUAUGGGUGCAGAUUCUGAUACCUCUGGAAUCUUUAAAAGAUUCUGCAGGUGUUUGUACCAACAAAGGGCAGGUGUACAGUUUUGAGAGUUCAUAAGCAGAAGCCAGGUAGCCGUCCCUCUGAAAAUGUGUCUAGAUGGCUUUAAUAUCUGCACUUUCAUAAUUUCUGAUGUUAGUGGCAAAUUUUCCACCAAAAAUUUCAUUGAAAUAGGCACAUUCCCAUGAAACAUUCUGAUUUUGAUUAAACUUCAUUUUCUGAUGGACGAUUACUUUCUUAUUAGAGCUGGUUGAAAAAAAUGUCAAGAGUUUUUAAGGGUGUAAGGCUCUCUGACUGGAGAAUUGAUGAAAUGGUGAUGCUACAAGAGCUGACAGUAUAAACUUUAGUCUACAAAGAAGAGGGUUUUUUAGUCAUACUGUUUAAAACUCUUUUCUUUGUGGGGGAGGGGGGAAGGAAUAAACCCCAUCCAACGUCAAUUGCUAAUUAUCACUUUGAACAGGGGAAUCACCUCCAUCCUUUCAGUUAAGAUGCUGGAGGUCACAGUUAACUCCCUUAUGUCUCAGUAGCCCUCAACAAAACUGGAAGCUUACAUUUUGAAGGUAGAAAAGAAAAGUGGGGGAGAGGACAGAGGAGGAACCUCUCCAGAAGGGGGAAAAAAAAAAUCUUUUCAGGCCUUCUGGGUAACAUUUAACCCCCCCCCCCCAAUUUUAAGUCCUUUGCAGAUCAUCUUUAAAAACACAGGGAAAAUUAAUCCACUGCCACUCAGGAUGUAUCUGGCCCAUGACUUUUAACUGAACUUUUUUUUUUAAGACCACUGCUUAAAGAGACUGUACCUCUUUACUUCAACUGCACUGUAUUAUCUACAGGCUGAACCAGCAGCAGCUCCACUGAUCAUGGUCAACAAAACCUUGAACUACUGGGAUCCUGAUUUUGAGGACGAUGUCAUCAACAUUAACGUUGGGGGUCUGCGAAGAAGGCUCAGCUCCAGUGCUCUUUCUAAAUUCCCCAACACCCGGCUGGGGCGUUUGCUGUCCUGCGACUCGGAGGAGUCCAUCCUGCAGCUCUGUGAUGACUAUGAUGUAAGCGCCAGGGAGUUCUACUUUGAUAGAAACCCAGGCUUCUUCCUAUACGUGCUGCACUUCUACCAGACCGGGAAGCUGCAUGUCAUGGAGGAACUGUGUGUCUUCUCCUUCUGCCAGGAAAUAGAGUACUGGGGCAUCAACGAGUUCUUCCUGGACUCCUGCUGCAGCUACCGCUACCAUGAGCGUAAGCUGGAGAGCCGGCACUACAACUGGGAUGAGGAGAGCGAGGUCAGCAGCGUGGACACAUCCCCCGACGAGAUCUCUGACUUCAACCAUGACCUGCUCCGCUAUAGCACCCUGCGUUGUGGCAACUUGCGCAAGCGCCUCUGGCUCACCAUGGAGAACCCAGGCUAUUCCAUCCCCAGCAAACUCUUCAGCUUUGUGUCCAUCAGCGUGGUACUUGUUUCUAUAGCCACCAUGUGCAUCCACAGCAUACCCGAGUACCAGGUACUGGACGAGGAUGACAACUUGCUAGAUGACCCCAUCCUGCACAACCUGGAAUAUUUCUGCAUUGCCUGGUUCACCUUUGAAGUGUCCUCCCGUCUGCUCCUUGCGCCCAACCUGAAGAAGUUCUUCAAGCACCCGCUGAACCUGAUUGACAUUGUCUCAGUGCUGCCUUUUUACAUCACCCUCUUGGUGGAUGCGACAGUGGGCAGUGAGUCAGAGCUGGGGAACCUGGGCAAGGUGGUUCAGGUGUUCCGGCUUAUGAGGAUAUUCCGGGUGCUGAAGCUGGCUCGGCAUUCAACUGGACUGAGGUCACUAGGGGCCACCUUGAAGCACAGCUACAGAGAGGUGGGCAUCCUGCUGCUCUACCUGGCGGUGGGAGUCUCCGUGUUCUCCGGAGUGGCCUACACAGCCGAAAAGGAAGAGGAUGUUGGUUUCGACACAAUCCCUGCCUGCUGGUGGUGGGGGACAGUCAGCAUGACAACUGUGGGCUAUGGCGACGUGGUGCCGGUGACCGUGGCCGGCAAGCUGGCAGCUUCGGGAUGCAUUCUGGGUGGGAUCCUGGUGGUGGCUCUGCCCAUCACCAUCAUUUUCAACAAGUUCUCCCACUUCUACCGCAGGCAGAAGGCCCUUGAGGCUGCCGUGCGGAACAGCGACAAGAAGGAGCCCGAGGACUCUGAGAAUUAUCCCAGCCAGAACCAUGACUCAGAGGCUCUGGGGGAAGCCGUCCAGGUGGAAAGCAGAAAGGAUUUCCGUGACCUGACCAGAGACACCCUUCCUGCUCACUGACUGUACUGAGGCUAGAGAGUACGGCUCCUCUCUGGCACCUUCUGUCCUGGAGACGCAUGGCAGCAAGGAUCUGGUUUGUUUGGUACUGUCCCUUCUCCCCUCACCGCUUCUCUCACUGGAAGUGAACAGGAGCGGAGACUGCAGACCUGCUCACGGAGUGCAUUGUCCUUCUGCCAGGAUGAUGAAGCUACCAGAACUAGAACAAGAAUGACUCUGUAGUGCCCAAACUAUCCGGACAUUCAUCUGGCCUCCCUUAGCACUCCACACAAUGUUGGACUUCAUCCUCUGCUGAGCAAGGGCCAUUCAGAGCCAAGGGCUCAAAGCAGUAUGCCCAUCAGGUGCCAGCAGUUUGUCAUCUUGAGUGGGGCAGCACGCAGCAGCUGUAUCCAUUUGGGCACUUCUUGAAUUAACCAUAUUUACUGUAUUAAUGGCAAUGCUGUCAGUGCCCCCAAAAUGACCUAUAAGCAGGUGCUGUGAAAUUUGGAAUUAAACGUAAUGCACUUAGAAAAGGAAGCCAACGGAAGAAACAGGAAGACCUCAGUGUAUCCAACUAGCCUCCAGGAAUGGUUACCAAAGUCCUUGGUUAGCUAGGGGCAAUCAUCCUGCAGCCUAACGUUCUGUCAUUGUCCAUCAUAAUGUUAAUGCCCAGUCCCUAGUCCCCUUCCUCUCCCUCCCCUAGAGAAGAAGUGAAAUCCAAAUUGCAAUAGUGUUCACAAUGGAGAAAGUUGCCAAAGGAGGGGGAUGGAAUUCACGGCCUCACAAUGUCUUCUCUGCAGCACUGGAGUGUGAUGAGUAAGCCCAUCUCAGACCUGGCUGGUUGCCUUGUGGGUAUACAGUCAGGGCUGAUAUAAAUGCUGGGUCCCAUCCUCCUUACAGCUUCAGUCCUGGAAAAAGCCUAAGCUGGUCAUAUCCUUUCAGUAAAUAAAGAGGAAAAAUAAGGGUGAUAAGUUAAUGGGCCUAGAUACCGUGGUGAGGGGCGUACCAGGAAAAGAGAGAGAGAGUUACAUAGGAUGUUCUGUUUUACUACUAGUGCAUAGCUGAAGCUGGAAUCAUCCUCAGGUGUCCUUGGAAGGACCCUCAUCUCAGCGCAUGCGUUUGCCUUCAUUAGUGACAUGCAGUCAUGACACUUGCUGUGUUCAGAGCUUCAUCCCCCCAAGGAGCAAUGUUCUGGAGAGAGGCAGAAGGCUAUGUUUGCCCUGGGCUCUCUGACAUCACCUGGGAAGUCCUAGGAGAGAUCUCAGGCUGUGAGAUGACUCCAUGUUUGCCAGCAUUCUCCACAUGUUCCCCAGCCUGGCACUGAGCCACAUAGCAUACCUGUGUGAAACUGGCAUGGUGUGUAUUGGCCAGACAGCCAGCAAACCCACUGCUCACACCAAAUCUGCCCCAAGAGAUGUGUAGAGUGUGUGUUUGUUGGCAGAGCUUGCCAGUGCUCUGAUAGGAAAGCCCAGGAGAGAGCAGCUUUGCAAGAGAUUUGACAGAUGUAGCAAGAAGAGGCAAUGUCAUUGCUGCAUGUGUGAUGCCCUAAAGCAGAGUGAUAAACCAUGGCCUGUACUUAGACACAAGCUCUAUGAUCCCUAUAGGGUUUUUUUCCUUCAUUCUCACAGCUUUCUACCUCUGGCGAAAUUGCCGAGUACUGGCCAUUCUGCUGUUUGCAGUGACGGUUUGCUGCAGGCUAGUUACGUAGUGAAACAAAACUCCAAUGCACUGAACUGCUGGACAGGGUAUUCUGCUGUGUCUGGGUAGGGCUUGUGAAAUCUCCACACUUAGUUUUGGUUCCAAAUUCAGCCAUCUCUCGCUGACCCUCCCCACUGCUCUCCGCUGCCUCCUUGGAUGUACUCCAGUCCUUUCUAACUGUUACCCUCCAAGGCUUUUCAAACACCUCUUUGGCCCUUCCAGGACCCACCCCCCUGAAACUCCUCAUUCGCAUGGUUUUGCUCUACUCCCCACCCCACACCUGCAUACAGAGAGUGGCUAACGUCCAUCCCCAGAUCUCUGCCGGGAUGCGUUUUUGGUUCCAGAGACACAUUUUUAGAAGCAGCCAAGGCCUCGUUUUGCUCAUUCCGAUCCCUAACUUUUAGAAUCUAAGUUGCCCAGCACAUUCUUGCACCAUCACUGUCCCCCUCCUGAACCCAGCUCGCAAGCACAGGUGCUCAUCGCUUAACACUCCUGCACCCCCAUUCCUUACAACAGAGUUUAUCAUUUAGCAGAGCGGAGCUGGGAGCUAGCUCCAGAACACAGUGUGCACAUCCAAUGGGUGAUCUGACUGACCCCAGAUUGAAAGAAGAAAGCAUUGACUACCAUGUGUGGCCUCCGAUUUAUCAGCUCACUAAUGGAUAGGAAAUUGGGGUGCGAGGUGGGGAUUGCUGGCAGUUCCAGCCCCCAGUAAGGCUAAGCCCUGAAUGUAGAUGGGGGGAAACAGUCCCUGUGGGUUAAGGAAGAUUGAGACACGUUGGCAGAAGAAAGAGAGCACUUGAUGGGGGUGGGGGGAAGUUCAGACACUGGUUGUCUGUGUGUUUAGCAGAGUUUCAGGCUCUGCCAGGCUGCACCUUUCACCAGCCACAACAUUACUUGAGAAAAUGCUAACUUGAUUAUGCUAUUCCAGCCCUGGACUUCCUGUCCCCAGCUUUGCUGAUGCCCCUCACUUCUGACCUGUACCCCACUGCUAUUCCAUUCCUGGGCUCCAGCAUGCAGCGCAGCCCAUCCUCUGCAAUCCUGACCCGGGCACACACACCCCAUUGCAGUUCUGCAGUGUCCCUUUCCCAGUUGCCUGCACUUCUUAGGGCUGGGAUGCGGUGCCAGGGCAAUGAAGAUAUCAGUUCUCUAAUAUCCCCUGAAAACUCAUCACUAAGGCUAAGAUU